CUCUCCCCCUCUCCCCUUCUCUCUCUCUCUCUCUCUCUCUGAUAGAUAUCGCCUCCGUCAGUUGUCAUCACCUCUCUCUCUCUCCAAAUUCCAACUUCGAAGAAAACGCAGAGAGGCCGGAAGGGCCUGAGUUAUGGGGAAAUACAUGAAGAAAUCGAAAAUUUCCGGCGACGUAGCCGUGAUGGAGGUCUCCAUUUCGCCGCAGUCCUCUCUCGGCGUUCGGACCAGAGCCAAAACCCUAGCCCUCCAAAAGCUCCAGCAGCAGCAGCAGCAGAAGCAAGAGAAUCAAGAUCAAUCCCCCGCCGGAGAAUCGGACUCAGAUAGCUCCUCCCUGUACUACCUCCAGCUGAGGAGCCGCCGUCUAGAGAAGCCCCCGUUGCGAAACGACGCCGUCAAGAAGCAGAGCCAGAGCGGCGGAAUUAAUGAGCCCUCGGAGAAGCCCAGAGGAGGCUGCUGCGGGGAAAGCCGACGGCGGCCGGUGGAAUCGAGGCCCAAAUCCAGGCUGAGCGUGGGCUCGUCGGUGGAGUUGGACUGGGCUGGACCCGUUGAGAGGAAAGAGAAGGAAGGGGAGGAGGGGUGUUUUGGUAAUUUCGGAAGUGGAGCAGAGUAUGGUAACGAUUUGGGGGUCGAGGCUUCGUUUGGGGAAAACAACUUGGAUUUUGAAGCCAGAGACAGGAGCACUAGAGAAACCACGCCGUGCAGCUUCAUAAGGGAGUCGGACACAAUAGGAACCCCCGGUUCCACCACAAGGCGGACGAGUUCUAUUUCAACUCACCAGAGAGUUAGAAACGAUGUGCAAAGAAAUAUCCCAACCACGCUUGAGAUGGAGGAGUUCUUUGCCCGACAUGAGGAGGAGCAACAGAAAAUCUUCAUUGAGAAGUACAACUUUGACAUCAUCAACGAUUUACCCCUUCCCGGAAGGUAUGAAUGGGAGCAAGUGAUUCCCUAAGCGGGGCCUGCCUAUAUAUUUCAGGUUCUGAUACCAGAGUAUCUCAGUUGUUAUCCAUUAGAAGGACGUGCCGGGAAUUAGCGGGUGCAGCAUCCGAAAUCAACCUUUUAAGCCCAUGCCAAGGGAACUUAUAUGAGUAUGACCGUCAUUCGACGAAUAAUAACAGAGCUAUGAAGUAGUCGAUAGCGUAUAAAACCAAAUUCUUUGACAAAAGAAUGAAGGGGCUCCUUUGAGAAGAUAUCGGGAAAGAGUGCCUGGUUCUGUGACAUAUCUAAUUUACUAGAUUUUCACUUUGUCUUGUCUGAAAUGAACUGCUGUCAAUAUUUAGGGUAGGAACGACUCAAAGGGUGCAUGUGCUCUUUGGAGGUUAAUAAACGUAACUCAAUUUCCUUUUCCCAUCUCUCUCGUGUCGUUUCAUCUGUUGACGAUGACUAAUUAAAUGGAUGACAAACCCUAAAAACCCUUUCGGUGUUGUGGGUCUUUGAUGUUGA